AUGGCGGUGAUAGACGGCACGGCACUCGGCGAGGAGGCGCUGGCGGCGGCGCUCGUGGCGGCGGAGGAGCCGGUUGUGAUCCGUCCUGUCCCUCACUCAUGGGCGGCGCCUCCGCUGGAGCGCCUUGUGCGGGACCACGGCACGGGGGUCGCGCCCGCCGCCCGCGAUCUCUCGGCGGACGUGCCGUCGCUCAGCUUCUUCAGGACGGUCCUUGCGCGCCACAGCGAGGAGCGGCCGAGCACUGCCGGCCGGCUCCUCCUCUCGGCGGGCGGCUGGGCGAACGGACGCCCCUUCCACGCGCAUGGGCCGGCGCUCUUCGCGCUGCUCGGAGGCGCCAAGCGCUGGCUCGUGCGGCGGCCGAACGCCAGCUUCGCGUGGCAGUCGCUCGAGGCGCCGCGGGAGAGCCUGUCGGGCGCAUCGCUGCCGGACGGCUGGGAGCCGCACGUGUGGCAGUGCACGCAGCGCGAGGGGGAGCUCCUGUGGGUACCGGACCAGCAGCACCACGCGACCCUCAACUACGCCGCGGACACAGUCGGCGUCACGAUGGUCAUUGACGAGACGGAGCCCUUCACGCCGCUGCACGCCGCUGCGCAGAGCGGAGCCGCGGCGGCGGUGGCGCGGCUCCUCCGAGACGGCGCAGAGGUGGACGCUGUGGCGGCGCUGCUGGGUGGCGGCGCCACCGUCGACGCGGUGGCGAGCGGAGGCAACACGCCGCUCCACGUGGCGGCGGCCGGCGGGCACGCGCGCGCCGUGCGGAUGCUGGUGCAGAGCGGGGCCGACCUUGAGGCGCGCGACGCGCACGGUCACACGGCUCACGGACUGGCGGUGAGGCUCGGGCAGGAGGAGGCUGCAGCGGUGCUGGAGCGGGCGGCGGUGUUGUAG